ACGCCGAUUAUUGCCGUUAAAGGAGCGCGUGUCAGUGAAUAUAAUGGUGAAAGAACGUUAUCCCUUAUGACAUCCUCCGUACUUGUAAAGGAUCCUGAUCUUCCUGAAGCACACAGAUUGCGCACGUGGUAUACUACAGUUGGCCAUUUGGAAACGGCUAACGCCGAGUCUAGAGCAGGUGGAAGUGAUGACUUCAACGCGUCGUUGUACACUUUCGAGGAGAUGACUGCAGCUCGCUUGGGGGAAACAUGUACGCUCCUAGAUUCCGUUGCAGUUGUGGCGAUCGUUGACAUGUUUCGCACGGAAAAUGCUAUUUACAAGGCAUGCCCCGUAACUGGUUGCAGGAAGAAGUUACGCGAUACAUCUGCCGGAGUAUUUAGAUGCGACAAGUUUAACAAGGUGUAACUCGUCAACGUUCAAGUAUCGCUUACUGUUAAAUAUGAAUCUAUCAGACGCAACAGGUAGUCGUUGGGUAAUUGCUUUUGGUUGGGUAAUUGCCUUUGGUGAAACGGCUGAGAAAAUCAUAGGCCGAUCGGCGCAAGAAUUAGGGGAAAUGCAGGAAAACGCAAACAAUGCUUAUAUGCAAGUAUUCGACGAGAUG